AUUACAAACAAUUUGUCGCCUAAGUGGAAAUCAGUGUACUACACAAAUUAUUAAGCCAAAGAUGAAGAGAUUAAUUCGGGCAUUUUCAACUGCUUUGGUGAUUUUCUUUUACAUAACUGAAAGUUAUUCUUUGGAGUGCUAUUCCUGUGCAACUUUAACAAACUCAUCCAAUAAUUGCGAAAUGAUAGAUUCUCAUACGGAUAAUGAAACAUGCGCGGAGAACGUCACACACUGUGUGUCAAUACUAUCAUUUGAUACAAUAACAAGAAAAUGCGCUACAAACAAUACAAUCUGUGAUCAACAAACAGAAGGCACACAAUGUCUUGAAUGUACUUCAGAUUUGUGUAACAAUCAUACAUUCAGCUUAAAUGGAACUAAUGCUACUAUUCCUACAACAACUGUUCCAGUUAAUAAUACUAACAGUACAAUUUAUAAUAUGACUACCAUAUCACCAAUCCAUAAUACUACAAAUACAACUAUUCCAAAGAACAAUACUAUAUAUACCAAAGGGAGUGCAGCAGGAUUGCAGAGUCAAAUUUUACCAUUAAUUAUUUGUAUCAUGAGUAUAAUGUUAAAUGCUGAUAAACUCUUCGCUGAUUAAAUAAUA